UUGUGGAUGUAUCUUAAUUUAAAGAUAACAAUAUAUUGCAAAAAUAUAGAUGAAUUCUGAAAAAAAAAAUGUUUUAAUAGAAAAACAUUGCUUCUGCGGCCAUCACAUGAAGAAUCUAUUUAAAGAAACCUUUUCCUCCUCGUCGGGCUCAUGCUUCAUUUGAAACGAUGGUGUGGCUUGCUUUUCGGUCUCAUGAUUUAACAAAUCUCUCUUCUCUCUCUAUUUUAGCUACCAAAUCCUAAAAUGCUAUUCCCUUCCCUUUCAUGGUUUCUUUCUCAUCCUCCCUCUAAAUAACCAUUGAUUUGGUCGGCCUCGGCCUUCGAGGUGCGCCUUCUUCUUCACCAUCUUCCAUUUUCACUCCCUUUUAUUAGUUCCUUUGAUCCUUUAUACCUAGCAUUAUCUAAAAUAACUUGUUCUUAUUCGGGAUUCCUCUGAGUUAAUAUUCUUUUUUUUUUCGCUCAUUUGAUUGUUAAAAGCUAAUAUCGUUUUGCCAGGAGAAAAAUAUCUAGAAUUUACUUGAAUUUUUCCUUGAAAUUACAUUUUUUGUUGUUGUUGUUGUUUUCCCUUUAUUGUUGCACUAUAUUUUCCCUAACUUGAGAUCUAGUAUUUGCUUAGGUCCAAGCGCUCAAAUGACUGAACUCGUGUCCGGGCCAGUCGACCAACUCAAACAUGUUCCUGAUCACGUUGAGGACUCAGAGGAUGAGAGGAAACAUAGGGCGGCGUCUUUCAAGAAGAAGGCAAAUAGUGCCUCUGCAAAGUUUAGGAACUCCAUGAACAAGAGAGGAAGACGAAAAAGUAGCAAGGUCAUGUCGGUUGCCAUCGAGGAUGUUCGCGAUGCUGAGGAAAUGCAGGCGGUCGAUGCGUUUCGACAAACUCUCAUUUUGGAAGAAUUGCUUCCUGCACGGCAUGACGACUACCACAUGAUGCUCAGAUUUCUCAAGGCUAGAAAAUUUGACAAUGAGAAGAGCAAGCAAAUGUGGUCAGACAUGCUGCAAUGGAGGAAGGAAUUUGGAGCCGACACGAUUAUGGAGGAUUUCGAGUUCGAUGAACUUGGUGAAGUCGUGGAACACUACCCACAAGGUCACCAUGGAGUCGACAAGGAUGGCAGACCUAUCUACAUUGAAAGACUAGGCCUAGUCGACGCCAACAAGAUGAUGCAAGUGACGAACAUGGAUCGAUACGUCAAGUACCAUGUGAGGGAAUUUGAGAGAACCUUUGCCGUCAAGUUCCCUGCUUGUUCGAUUGCAGCCAAGCGCCAUAUCGAUCAGAGCACAACGAUCAUGGAUGUUCAAGGAGUGGGGUGCAAACAUUUCAAUAAGGUUGCGAGAGAAAUGAUCGGUCGAAUUCAGAAGAUCGAUGGAGACAACUAUCCCGAGACCUUGUGUCGCAUGUUCAUUGUCAAUGCAGGCCAGGGAUUCAGACUCCUUUGGAACACUGUAAAGAGCUUCCUCGAUCCAAAGACAACGGCCAAGAUCAAUGUUCUCGGGAACAAGUAUCAGAGCAAGUUGCUCGAGAUCAUCGAUGCGAGUGAAUUGCCCGAGUUCCUCGGUGGCACUUGCAACUGCGAAGGAGGUUGCCUUCGAUCAGACAAAGGCCCAUGGAAGGACCCUGAAAUUUUCAAGAUGGUUCAAAACGGCAUCGGAUGCUGUGGAAAACAACAACUCAGUAUUGCGGUCGAGGAGAAGAUGAUUUCAGAGGACGAAGUUGUGUACCCAAAGAGGCAAGAGUCGUUCGGCGGGGGCAACGUCGUCGUCUUCGACGACAUGUGCGCGAAGAUUCCGAGGAGUCACAUCGAACACCCAGAGCUGUCGCCGGUUCAUGAAAAUGGAGGGGGAGGUCUAGAUUGUGAUGGGGAAAUGAAGACCGCUACGCCUUUUACUAAAGAGUACGACGAGCUGUUCCCGGUCAUAGAAAAGGUGGUCGAUGCCAAUUGGAACAGAGAUAUGGAGGAGAAGCUGGCCCUCGCUAAAGGCGGUACAGAUUCUUACGCUCUCUCUCAGCUGAACAACCAUGGCCCCGACGGGUUCAACAACCCCAUUUUCGGAGGCGUCAUGGCCUUCGUCAUGGGGGUCGUUACCUUGAUGCGCGCCGGCCGGCCGCCCAUGUCGAUGAAGGGGAUGGAUGCAGCAGACAUUGCGAGCUUCUCUAGCUCGAUGAUCAGGAGGCAGAUGACACUGAAACCUGAUGCCGCCGCCGCCGCCGCCGCUGCUGUGCCUACGGUUUCUCUCGCCGACUUCGCGUGCGCGCUGAAGCGCCUCGGUGAGCUCGAGGAGAAGGUGAGCGCCCUGAGCGCGAAACCCAGCGAAAUGGCGCCGGAGAAGGAAGAGCUGUUGAAUGCCACGGUGCAGAAUGUGGAGGCUCUGGAGUCGGAGCUUGCAAAAACUAAGAAGGCUCUCGAGGAAGCUUUGGUGCAGCAGGAGGAGUUCACUGCUUACCUGGAGAAGAAGAAGAAGCAGAAGAAAAACAAGUUGAUUUCUUUUGGCUGGUAAUUAUUAAAUACAAACUCUCUGCUCAUCAGAAGAUCGUCUUCCAUUCUACAUUUGCUAGGAUGAUGCAAAGUGAAAGCAGGAAUCAGGCUUCCUUGACCUAACUGAUUCAAAUACAUGUAUAUUUACAUAUCUAUUUCUUGUAGAACAAAAAAUAUGAAAAAUAGUGAUGAUCUCAAACAGACCUUCCAUUUCUUGUGCUGUAUUCUUUAUACAUCUA